AAUUCAAUUUAUAUAAAACAAUAUAAACACUUACAUCUCAUGCUUUUAUUUUGAAACAAAAUUAACUGCUAUCAUUAAGUUAUUUUCUAUAAUCCUAUUUCCAUAAUUCUGAAUAAUGGAUUGUUAGUUUUAUCUCUCUCAUCAAACUGAAACAUUCUUCUUUUUAUCGGAUGAAAAUGUAAUGGAGAAGAGAAAGAAUUACACAGGUGACCUGCAAGAAUUUUCUAAUUGAGAAUAAAAUCUAUUCUGAUCGCAGCUCGGUCACAGUUUUUGUAAUUUAAAAAUCUGUGUCAGGUCACUAGCCAUUCACUGUCUUAAACAUUCUGAGUAAGCGUAAGCAAGCCGCGCGACCACCUGAGAUGGUGUAACGUGUCACAUCCCUGAUGCACGCGGAGAACAAAUUAAUUAUUCAAACGCGUAGCGAAAAAAAGACGAAGAAACGAGAGAUCUACGCCGAGAGAUCAGAGAUGUCGAUAGCCGCCCUUGUAAAUGGCACGUUUUCCUAUUUAUAUCAAGAUACCUGUCUUUCUCUCCUCUUCCUCUCAUCUCUCUUCUUUUCUGUCUACCUUUCUGCCGGGUCCUAACGCUAGCCGUCCGCCACGAUGUAUAAUAUUAUUCGGUGAGACGCCAAUAAUGAGAUCGUUUACGUUCGCUCUUAUGCUCGCUCGCUCGUUCGCUCAUGGCUCGUGUUGGUCAAAACAACGUGCAGGACAGGACGGAUGGCUAACACGUACUAUACUGCGUGGCAACAACCAAAAUGUUUAAACAAUGCGUCAGCUCAAAAGUGCUUAACCACCGUUUUACGCGACGGAGAACACAGGGCGAUCGUCUUUCAGCUCUCAGGAAGGAGAAAUUUUUGUGAUCGCGGAAUCAUGCACAACUGUCUACAUGACGGUAAAGGAGGGGGAAAGAUUUUGCAACAAAAUCAUUGUAGUAACAUUUGUAUGAAAACUACAAAAGGCGUACUUCAUUGUACAAGAAGUCCCAUUUUUGCAGUUUGUCUCUUGGUUCUAAAAAAAUUCAUGAAUAAUGAAAUUCAUGAAAAGUAUGUACUCCCUUAAAGUUAAAUAAUUGUAUAAGUAAUGCUAUAAGAAAAAGUCAUGUAAUAUUUUUAAUAAGAAAUAAUAUGUAGAAACUUACUACUAUUGCGUAACCAUAUAAAAUAUGUCUGUAAUUCAAUUUUAGUGAAAAUUAGAGUAAAUGCUUUCCAUUGAAAAUUCUUCCAUUUAAAGAAUCUUUAUAAACACACAUGUUGAAAAAUCUAUCAAUUUUACCGCACUAAUUAGAUAUUUUA